CUGCGAGUUAUUUUGCAGCUGUGAAGUUAUUCCUACAACACCGGGCCAUAACCCACCGGUGAUCGGCAGCCAUGAUGAUCGCCAGGGGUGUGGGCAGGUGCUGGGCCAGGCUGCCCCGCCACACGCAGCACCAGAUCCUCCGUUCCUCAGCAAGAUGUGUAUCUGCUUGGAAGGUGCAUAUGCCUCCACUUACUGCUACUUCAAAAAGAUCGAGGCAGCAAUAUGAGCAGCAGAUCCAAGAGCUGCGGCACUUCCGCACUGCUACUCCCUUUUAUGGUGAGGUGAAAGUGGUGGAAGUGCCACCUUUUGCAGAGUCUAUUACUGAAGGAGACAUUAGGUGGAUGAAGGCAGUUGGGGACUCUGUACGGGAGGAUGAACCUGUGGCAGAAGUGGAGACAGACAAGACUUCCAUGCCGGUAAACUCCCCCUGUUCUGGAGUGAUUAAGGAGCUGCUGGUGGAGGAUGGCUCUACCGUCACCCCUGGUAUGCAUGUCUGCAAGAUAGAGGCUGGAGAAGUGGCUGAUGCCCCUGCCAAAGAGGCACCCAAGGCUGCUGAGGCACCUGCAGCUGCAGCCCCCCCAACACCUGCCCCUCUUGCUUCUGCUCCACCUCCUCCUAAACCUGCAGCAGCUGCUGGCCCCAUACCUAAGACUGCCCCUCCCGCAUCCCCUCCACCUGCUGGCCCUAUGUCUUCAAUACCUGUGGCUGCCAUCAAACACUCCUCUUUCAUCCAUAAAGCUGAAGUCAAGGUGCCACCUGCAGACUACAGCAAGGAAAUCAGUGGCACUCGUACUGAGCAGCGUGUCAAGAUAUCAAGGAUGAGGCAGCGUAUCGCCCAGCGCCUCAAGGAUGCCCAGAACACUAAUGCUAUGCUGACAACAUUUAAUGAGCUGGACAUGAGUAACAUCAUGGAAAUGAGGAAGAGUAUUGGUGAGCAGUUUGUAAAGAAGCAUGGAAUCAAGUUGGGCUUCAUGUCGGCAUUUGUUAAGGCCUCAGCAUAUGCCCUCACACUGCAGCCUACGGUGAAUGCCGUGAUAGAUGGUGGUGAGAUCGUCUACAGGGAUUACGUUGACAUCUCUGUUGCAGUUGCAACCCCCAAGGGUCUGGUCGUGCCAGUGAUUCGUAGUGUUGAGAGCAUGAACUAUCUGGAUAUUGAGAAUAGCAUCAUAACCCUUGGGGAGAAGGCACGCACUGGCUCCUUGGCAGUGGAGGACAUGGAUGGUGGCACCUUUACCAUCAGCAAUGGUGGGGUGUUUGGGUCCCUCUUUGGUACCCCCAUUAUCAACCCUCCACAGUCUGCUAUUCUGGGCAUGCAUGGAAUAUUUGAUCGCCCUGUGGCAAGGAAUGGACAGGUUGUCAUCAAGCCCAUGAUGUACAUUGCCCUCACCUACGACCACAGACUCAUUGAUGGCAGGGAGGCUGUCACUUUCUUGCGCAAGGUUAAGCAAGCUGUUGAAGAUCCAAGGAUUAUGCUUUGUGGGCUUUAAUUCAGUGUGCAUUGUCUACAGUCACAGUGAACAAACUGAUAUGAUUGAUUAGUUGACAAAAUUUGGCAUUCAGUGUUUUUGUUAUUUUUUCAGAACCAUUUUGUUUUUGUUUUUUCUGGUGUCUUGUUUUCACCUGCUUAGCACAAUACUGGUAUUCUAUGCUAUAAUGCUGUUGUUGCGGAGGUAGAUAAACAAUACCUACGUUAUUUUAAAAAAAUAUGUACUGAAAACUUAAAUUAUAUUUUUAACUUUUAAAAGUCUGCUGUUGCAGAACAUUUCUGAAAGACAGGCUGAAACCUCUUGUCUGUAGCAUUAAUUGUACAUCUUGUACAUACUUGUAAUAUAUGCUUAUAUAUGAUAAUUGUUGUGACCAGUAUAUGGA